GAGCCCCCCCGGUGAUGUUUCGGCGUUCCGUCGGGUUUGGAGUGAGGGGUUCACCUUCGACGACGCUUGCCUCGCACCACACAUACGAUGUACUUGCAACCUUGAGCGCCACCUGGCAGGGCGGUGCAUCGCCGGGGUCGUUCGUGGUCGCCCUCUGCGCUGGGCACGAAUCUCGGGGUUUCAUUGCUCUUUGAGGUACUGACGAACCCGGAAACCCGUCUAUGGGGUCGACUGUCGCCGACAAUGGAAUCCGACAUUGGAUCACAGCAUCAAUGUGACGGAGUGAACGUGCCGGAGCUUCUGGAUUCCGUCGUCGAAACGAUAUUACGGGCCACCGCCAUCAUUGUGCUUGCGGCCCCGUCGUGUGGCACUCGAUCCACAGUUACAGACGAUGUGGCCCAUCGCGGGGUGAGUCUGUCGAAUAAGAGUAAAACUAGGAGCCGGUUUCCGCCACUGGGCGCUUGGUCUAGGGGUAUGAUUUUCGCUUCGCACUUCCGUCAGGAACGCGAUAUCAUUGUGAAAGGUCGUGAGUUCAAUUCUCACAGCGUCCAAUGGUUUUGCUCGAAUGGAUCAGACCUGUGUUUGCGGCGGGGAGGCCGAGCCCGCAGGUUACUGCUAUCCCCGCGGUUAGUUAGGUCUGAUUCCCGCAGUGUCUAUCUAUCUUUUAUGCCUUUUUUAAAGGCGGAUGGGUUGCUUCUGUAUUCUUCUUGUUCUGUUGUAUUUAUUCUAUGAUGGUGUGCGGUUUGCUAUAUAGGGAUCUGGACAUGGCUUUACCAUACAAAUACUUAGUUAGUCAAGAG